UCAAAAUGGCGACGGCUUGGUCUGAACGGAACGGAAUGGCGAGGACAACUAGCAAGCCUACACACCUCAAAAGCGACUAACUCUGAACGUAAUGAGCGCUAAUGUCGGCCAAAAGAAUGGCAAGUAAAAGCAAAGACAGCGGUGAAGUUAUUAAAAACUACCAUAAACAGGCGUUUGAGUAUGUAUCGAAGGCGCUAAGGAUCGACGAACAUGACUCAGGAGAUAAAGAGGAGGCUGUACAGUGGUACAAGAAGGGGAUUUCUGAGCUUGAAAGGGGGAUUGCUGUAGAGAUCACGGGACAAGCAGGAGAGCAAUAUGACCGAUCAAAGAGACUUCGAGAUAAAAUGGUCACCAAUCUCACCAUGGCAAGAGAUAGGCUUGCUCUUCUAGAGGCGACAAUGGCAUCAAAAAGGAGGAGUAAUCCACUGAAGACCUCAAAUCAUGAUCUUCCACAACCAAAGCCUGUGCCCAAAAGCCAGCCUGCAGCGCGAGGCGUGCCCACUAACAUCAAGCCCUCCACCUUCGUUAGACCCCCAUCCAGAUCCACUGAUCCAAAGUUGACCCCACGGGCUGGAAAAGCUAUAAAUGGAAAACCCACAGCCGUGAAACAGCCCCCAAAGAGGGAUAUGAAGAACUUCAAGAAUGUGGACAGCAAACUGGCCAGCUUGAUUAUGAAUGACAUUGUUGACCGUGGAGCGUCUGUUUCCUUUGAAGACAUUGCGGGACAGGACUUGGCCAAGCAAGCACUCCAAGAGAUUGUCAUUCUCCCUGCCUUAAGACCAGAGCUCUUUACCGGCCUGAGAGCUCCGGCACAUGGUUUGCUUUUAUUUGGCCCGCCUGGAAAUGGGAAAACCAUGCUGGCCAAAGCAGUCGCUGCAGAGUCAAACUCCACGUUCUUCAACAUCAGCGCAGCCAGUUUGACGUCUAAAUAUGUAGGAGAGGGAGAGAAGCUUGUACGAGCACUGUUUGCAGUUGCCAGAGAAUUGCAACCCUCUGUCAUCUUUAUCGAUGAAGUUGACAGCUUGCUCUGUGAAAGGAGGGAGGGAGAACACGAGGCCUCUCGUCGAUUAAAAACCGAGUUCCUCAUUGAGUUCGAUGGGGUGCAGUCAGGAGGGGAUGACAGGGUGCUCGUAAUGGGAGCGACCAACAGGCCUCAGGAGCUCGAUGAAGCAGUACUGAGGCGCUUUGCAAAAAGGAUUUAUGUGGCGUUGCCUGACGCGGAGACAAGACUCACGCUGCUGAAAAACCUUUUGGAAAAGCACGGCAGUCCAUUGAGCACAAAUGAGCUGUCCUAUCUCGCAAAAAAUAGUGCAAGAUAUUCAGGAAGUGAUCUCACGUCGUUAGCCAAAGAUGCUGCGCUUGGGCCAAUUAGAGAGUUGGGUCCAGACCAAGUCCGAAGUAUGGCUGCUAGUGAGAUGCGUAACAUCAAGAUGAAAGACUUUGAGGAUUCCCUGAAGCGCAUUAAGCCCAGUGUUGGCUCAGCGACUCUUACUAUGUAUACCAAAUGGAACAAAGAUUUUGGGGACACAACAGCUUUUUGAACUAGAUUUGAACUUGUUCAAAAAAAAAAAAUUAACUGACGUUGAUUUUUCUGUUUCAAUCUGUGGGUAAGAGAUGUCAUUAACAUAAAUGAACAUAAAAACCUGGAACAAACCCUUUGCAGCUUAUUACAGCUAUAAUGUGUAAAUAUGACAUUUGGAAACAUUUCCUGUUUUUUGGGAAGGCUUUGCUAGUUAGAUUUAUUUUCGAACUGUAUUGUUAAACUCCUAAAACACUGUUUAGUUACUUGAAAUUGUAUUUAUUCUCAAGAGUUGUUUUGCAAAACUACAAGUGAUCUUCCUCUUGCCUCAAGAGGGCAGCACGUUUAUGCAGAUCCUGACAUUGCUGCACAGAGCUGGAUCAUUUUACACACCUGAUGUUUUGACAUGUUGAUGGUAUUGAUCACCAAGUGCUCUCUGCACAUGCAAGUAUGAUAAUUGGGAAAAGAUAAAAUAGCUUUGGUGAAUUUGUAUCAUAAAAAUGUUUUUUUUUUUAUUUCCAUUUGUAUUCAUAGUUUUUAGAUAAAACUACUUUUAUUGUCUUUUGAAAGUAGCAGACCUAACGAUUUGUUGUGUUGGCUCAGUAGAGUUGGAAAUGUAUUGAGCAGAACUGCAAUAGCUUCUUGCUUUCCUCAUGCAUUAAUAAAUACAAUCAUUAAAAGUUU